AGAAUUUGUUUCUCUUCUAGUCUCAAUUAUUUUUAUUUUUAUUUUUUUUUAAUAUUUUUUUUAACUCUCGUCCCUGUUUUUGGUUCAUUAAAGGAUAGCCAGGGAUGGUAGCCGACAGCAGGCCAGGUGAGUAGAGUAUACUUUUCCUGCAGAACAUCAGAUGUUGCAACUCUCUCCAGGAGGAUCGUAGAAAAUUUGGAAUACUUUCCAGGAGUUGUUUGAAUUUUUUAAACUGUUAUUGCCUUUCUUAGAUUUAAGCCAAGUACAAGCUUGUUUAUUAUAGAUUUCUACAAGCUAUACAACUAAUAUUAUUCACAAAAAGAUUUCCUCAUUUUGAAGAUCAAUAGCAGAUAAGCUCUCCUGGUGUAAAAAAAUUGCUGCUCUUGCUCAACAAGGGGUAACCCUCACAGCAAAGCAACCCAGUAUAGUUCAAAAUGGACAACGUAUCAAAGAUCACCAGCUCAGUGACCUGCCAAAUUGGACAUUCCAUUUUCAGAUGGCGUACCUGCCAUUUCUCCACCUUAUGAAGGAACAGUUUGGUUACACAGAUAACCCCUAAAUUUUCACCAACUCAAUCUUCAAAAGCACUAUUACUUGCAAUUGAUUAUUCAUUUCAGUGAAGACAGGGAAAAAGAGGAGUUAGAAAUGGGAAACAACUUGACAGUUGGUGCAUGGAAAGGGGUAAAGAUCCUUUGCUUCCCUCAAAAGCUUAAAUAUGCUUCGUACAAAUUGCAAAGCAUAUUCAUCUUUGCUUGCACCAGUCUCCUGAUCAUGGGCUAAAGUCCUUAUAAGAGUCUCAGGACAUCCUUCCCAGGCCUUUUAUUCUAGUUUCUCACCAAUCAAACAAUUUCCCACCUGAAAAAAGGCUGGAAAAAAUAUCAGACAAGAAAUUGACGAGCGCAUGGAGUAUUUACUAAAGCAAAAGAGAUUUUGGCCAAAUUUUUCAUAGGCAAGGAUUCCUACAUCUUAGAGAAGAUUUAAUUAGCAGAAAGUUGCACUAAAAUUGGAAGCGAAAACCCUCUUCAUAUCAGCCAUCUUUCCAGAAAUAUUCUUCUUCUUCUUCUUGAUUGAAGUAUCUACUUGCUGUCUUGGUAGAGUGAGAUUCUCUGGUCCAGAACAGGAGGACUCUAGCAGUGCUCAGAAUACAGAAUUCUUCAAAAGAGAUAAAGGUCAGAACUGGUUCCAAAAGCAGCUUUAUAGGCAGAUGAGUUGGGAGUAUGAUAGUGAGUUUGCAGCUGCUGUGGCUGCUACUGCAUUUGCUAUUUACACUCUGGAAGAAGCAGGAGAGGAAUACAGGAGAAAGAUCAGAGGGGACUUUGGGAAGUCAAAAACAGAAAUCAGAACUAGAAAAGAGGAUAGCUCAGCUGGUUCUGUUAGAGUAACUAGACCAUCAUCUAGCAAGGAAGUGAAACAUGCAGGUGAAUCUUCAAUCCGAAAUCCAGCAGAGCAGGAUCAUAGGGUACAAGGCACCUUUAUGCCUGCCAGAAAACCUAGUCGUUUAGCCUCUACAAAACCUAUGGCCUCAACAGAUCAAAGGCGGAAGGGCACUUCAACAAGAAGCGAAGUUGUGGAAUCCAAAAUUGAUUCUUGGGAGAAGGCUCAAUUACGGAAGAUCAAUAAGAGGUAUGAGAAGAAGAAAUCAAAAGUUUUUGCUUGGGAGAAUGAAAAGAAGAUGGAAGCCAAACUCCACAUGGAAAGGAAAAAGAAUGAACUGGAGCUGAGAAAGUCAAGAAACUUGCAGCAUUACCAAAUCAAUGUAGAGAGAAUUGAUGCGAUUGUUGGAGGAGCAAGAGCACAAUUAGAGGAGAAAAGGAGAAAUGAAGAAGCUGAAGUGAAAGAAAAGGCAAAGUACAUGCGAAGGAAAGGCAAGAAUCCUGUCAGGUGUUUCUGCUGCUGAAUGUUACAAAGAACCUAACAGUUGCUAGCUAUGCAAGUCAAUUAAAUUGCAUAUAAUUCCAUUAAUGUAGAAACAAUUCAAAUAGUUGACUGUGGGGAGAUUUAAUUUAAUUAAUUGAUAAGGAGCAUGAGAUUGAGAAGUUGUAAUUGCCUACAUUGUUUAUGUGUAUUGCCAAUGUAAUGUAAGUGACUUCAAAAACUGAUAAGAGAAUAUAAGAACACCUAUAAUUAGCAUCUGCCUGCA